CUUCCGCUGGCCACACUAGGUCUUAAUAAAAAAUUGCAUAAACAAACCUCGUUACUGGAAUAUAAGCCCAAAAAUGUCGUUUAAUAUAAUGCAGAAACUUACAAUGACAUGCCUGAAGGCGGACCAGCCACUGAUGACCACCGUGCGCAAUGCCAGUAAGAAAACCGGUGGAAGUACGAGGAACAAGAAGGGCCAUGCGAGACCCAAACAUCGGGGAUGGCGCGUCCAGGAUGGACACCACGUCUCCGAGGGCACCAUUCUGGCCACCCAGCUCACCACGCGCUUCCAUCCGGGCUUAAAUGUGGGAUUUGGACGCAAUGGAACCCUGUUCGCCAUGGAGCACGGCAAGGUAUAUGUGACCUGCGAGCCAAUCGACCCCAACUGGGACCACAGCUGGAUUCAGCGGAACUACGCCGGCCGUCAGGACCAGACCAUCUAUAAGAAGUUCUUUAAUGUUAUACCCGAAAAUCAGCACCAGCGAUUUAAGCUAGUGGAGGAAAUCUAAGUUGUUAAAUAUAAAACACCAAACAAAUUAUAAA